CUCUAUGGGAUGGAUACACCAAGUGCGGAACAAAUUGCCAUUUGGGAAAAAGAAUAUUCCCCCAGCGAAUGGAAUAGGCGCUUUCCGUCGGCCGAACAAGUUAUUGAGUACCAUGUGCAAUUUGUCACGGAAGUUAGUGACCAAUAUAGAAGGGAACUUAAAUGCACUCUGAACGUAGCAUAUGGUCCGGGUAAACAUGAAAAAAUUGAUAUUUACGGUGAUGAUUUACCGAAAGACGCCCCUCUGUUGGUGUACAUUCACGGUGGCUACUGGCAGAUGUUGAGCAAAAAUGAUUCUGCGUACUGUGCGAAACCUCUGGUCGAAAACGGAUUUCGAGUGAUAAUUGUGGAUUAUGAUCUCUGUCCCGAUGUAACCCUGAGUGAGCAAGUCAAACAGGUGAAGCGUGCUGUACAGUUUAUAAUUAAUAAUGCUGCAGAAAAUAACGUCAAUGAUAUUUCAUUGGCCGGUCAUUCAGCAGGAGCACACCUGAUAGCUACUUCCCUAGACGGUGACUUCCUCACUGCAGCUGGAAGUGGCAUCAAUUUGAUCAAACAUCUCUAUCUUAUCUCCGGCGUGUACGUGCUGGAGGAAUUGCGCCAUACCAAAGCCGUUAAUACCAACAAUUUGCUUGACUUGGAUCAGUUUAAGGCGAUAAGUCUAUCACCUUUACAUUUGGAGUAUGCACAUCUUACCGGGUUAAACCUAAAAGUUCACUUAUAUGUUGCAGAAAAUGACAGCAACACGUUCAAACAUAUGUCAAUGAACAUGUGUAAACAUAUACAAAAUUACGGAAUAGAAAGCUCGGUGCAGAUUCUUCCUGGUUUGGACCACUUUGAUAUUGUCGAAAAGCUGUCCGAAGAAAAUUUCGUUAUAAUACGCGAUAUAUUAAAAAACAGCAAAGUAUUAAUAAAAUAA